GGCUCCUUUCCCUUUCUAUGUUUCUAUUUUUCGCGGAAUCUCCUCUCUCUGUGACACUACAUCAAUAUCUAACUCCAUUCUCUACAUCCGAUUUAUAUUUCCUGGGUUUCUUUGAAGGGAAUUUAUCAUAUUAUUUAUGUUGAAAUUGUUGUCUUAUUCUGAUUUUCACGUUUUUGUGAACAAAUAUGAAUUUCCUUAAGAAGGAUUUCCAAUCAUCUAGAUUUAGCUUAAUGGCUGUUGUUCCUGUCUGAAUUUGCUCGAUUCAGCCAUGAUUUUUAAUUAUGAAUGCUCUUAAGUAUUAAUCUUUGGUUUUGGUAAUUGGGAUGGAGGAGCAGUGGGAGAUGCUUUGGAGAGAGAGAGAGAGAUGUAGAGAUCAUGAUCAGGCAAUGGGUGGCCGAUGAAAGUCUCUUCGCAUUGAAAGAGUAGUACGAGAGAGAGAAGUGGUAAGUGGUUGACCUUUUUCACCUUGUGCUAGAUUUAGUGAUGGAUUUGUUGGAAGGUGAGUGUUCAGAACUUAAAUCUGCAAAGGACAAGGAGGAAGCCCCAGAAAAGACGACGGUGCCGUGUUUCGAUGGGAUUGAGGCAGAGAAUAAUGGGUCUUGUGGUAAUGAGGUUGUGGGUAUCGGCCAUGGAGAACGUGUGGAGAUUAAGACCUCGGCGGAGGAGCGGAAUCAGCCGAAUGGGAAAGCAAUCGGAAUUGGACUUGAGAUGCAGCCAGUGGAGCCUCAGCAACCUUCGAAUUCCUCUGCCACAAUUGAUUCUUCUCCACCAUUACCCCCAUCGGGAGUUACCGCACCUACGCCAACGACUCCAACGACAACCUCCAAAGGUUAUGGUCUGAAGAAAUGGAGGAGGAUACGCAGAGAUUUCCCAAAGGACGGAAGCAGCAGUCCAGAUUUCAAUAGGAUCUUGAAGAGGGGACUUUCCAUCGCUGCAGAACCUACGAGACCUCGAGACCCAUCUGCUGAGAUCAAGCCUAGGAGCGAGGGAUCUAUUGCCUCUGUUAAUUCAUCUGUUAAGAGCCCCCCAUCUUUUUCAAGUGUUCCUGCUGUCAAGGGCUCGACUUUGGAUUCAAGAUUGGCGGUCGGAUCAACUGUUCCGGUCUGUACAGAUUCUGAGAACAGCGAGGACCGGAGUAGCAAAUCCUCCACGGCGGCCAGUGCCCCCACAUUGAGCUACGAUGUGCCCCUAUUCGUUGGAGCAUCCUCCUCCUCACGAGACAAGUGCAAGAUCAAGAAUAUGAGUGGGAAGAUUUCAGCUGGUGCUGCUCAGAAGGCUCAACAGGGGAAAAGUAGGAUUGAGACAAGUAAGAAGUCUAGAGCAGAAAGGUUUAAAAUUGAGAAGGAAAACUCGUAUUCCAGCCUGGAAUCCGACUCCAGAAGCUCCAAUGUCCUAUUUGUGCAGAUGGAUAGCUUCUCUGGGAUUGGUAAUGGUAGACAGAGUGAGAAGUCAUGUAAUUAUGACGGAGAGAACAGCGAUGGAGCCCAUGUAAGUGAGAUGCGGUCUAAUGAUGAAGUUGGGAUGGAUUAUGGGAAAGAAAAUGGGGUGGUAAUCGAAGAUGUUUCACAGGAUGAUGUAGCUGCUGAUAUGCCUUCGGAAGUGAGGGAAGAAGAAACUGAUAACCAUCAGUCCACAACAGAUCGGGAUCCUUUGAUUGAUUUAAUUCUUCCGCUGCAGUCAGUGCAGGAAUCACUUGAAAGAGAAAUAGAAAUGUAUGGAGAGAUCGGGCAAGAAACUGUUUUUCCAGCUGAUGAGUCCAUUGCCAGUCAUUGCUUCAUGGAAUCUCAUUUUGAAGAUGAAACAAAUAGGAGUGAGCCAUUGAAAGAAGAAUUGGGUAGCAGUCUAAAGUCCCUACAGGGGUUUGGACAGAUGGAGAUUGAGCUUGAGGAUCUGAUUAAGCAGAAGAUUGAAGCUGAAGUUGAUUAUCUGGUGAUUACUAGAUCAACCCAGAAUUUUAAAGUUGCCUCAGUAAACCAUAUCUCACUCCUUGAGGAACAGAGUUCUCUGGUAGAGGAGCAAACCCAGAUGCUGGAAAGGCUCAGAGACACAGAAAGUUGUGCUGUGUUAUUGAAGAGGCAGGCAGAGGAGUUAGAGGAGUCAUGCGGGGAGUUGCUGGAGACUGAAGGGGUUUUGGAGAUGCAGAACAGGGUUUGUAAGUUCACGUUUUGCUUUCUUAUCCAGUUGAUUUUGCUGUUUGUAGCCUUUGGGAUAUUUCUGUUGCAGCUGUUGCCCCAUUCUGUGGGGUUUGUACCUACAUAAGUGUGCAAACAAGAAUUCCUCUAUGUAUUCUCAUCAUAUAGAAAUUUGAAUGUUAAAAAGUUUUCUAGAGAGCAA